AUGCCUGGGGAGGAAGCCCCUGAUGAUGAACUAAAGCUAAAGAUGGUCCACUACGAAUGUGUGUGUGAAGGCACGUCCUGCGGGAAUAGAGACCGGUGCCAUGGCCAGCAGUGCUUUGCUUCCCUGAGCAUUAAUGACGGUGCCAAGGUCUACCAGAAAGGCUGCUUCCAAGUCUAUGAACAAGGGAAGAUGACCUGCAAAACACCUCCCUCUCCUGACCAGGCAGUGGAGUGCUGCCAGGGCUACCUGUGCAACAUGAACAUCACUGCCCGGCUGCCUUCUUCUAAAGGCCAAACCUUCCAAGGAGAUGUUGCAGGUUACAGCAUGGAAACACUAAUCAUUGUGAUCCUGGCUCCCGUGAUCGUGCUGGUGGUGUUCUCUGCAGUGGCUGUGCUGAUCAUCCGCAGGAUACGGAAGAACCACAUGGAGAGGCUCAACUCCAGGGAUGCAGAGUAUGGCACAAUCGAGGGGCUGAUUGCAUCCAACGUUGGGGACAGCACCUUGGCAGACUUACUGGACCAUUCCUGCACGUCUGGCAGUGGUUCUGGACUUCCCUUCUUGGUGCAGAGAACGGUGGCUCGCCAGAUCACACUGGUGGAGUGUGUAGGAAAGGGCCGUUAUGGAGAAGUUUGGAGGGGUCAGUGGCAAGGAGAAAAUGUUGCUGUGAAGAUCUUCUCUUCAAGGGAUGAGAAAUCCUGGUUCAGGGAGACUGAGUUGUACAACACUGUACUGCUGCGGCACGAAAACAUCCUAGGUUUCAUUGCAUCUGAUAUGACUUCCAGGAACUCCAGCACCCAGCUGUGGUUGAUCACCCACUACCACGAGAUGGGUUCCCUGUAUGACUACCUGCAGCUCACCACCCUGGACACGGUCAGCUGCCUGCGCAUCGUGCUGUCCAUCGCCAGUGGGCUGGCACAUUUGCACAUCGAGAUCUUCGGCACCCAGGGCAAGCCUGCCAUCUCCCACCGCGACCUCAAGAGCAAGAACAUCCUGGUGAAGAAGAACGGCCAGUGCUGCAUAGCAGAUCUGGGCCUUGCAGUGAUGCACUCCCAAAGCACCAACCAGCUGGAUGUGGGGAACAAUCCCCGUGUGGGCACCAAGCGCUACAUGGCUCCGGAGGUCCUGGAUGAGACCAUCCAGGCAGACUGCUUCGACUCCUACAAAAGGGUGGACAUCUGGGCCUUUGGGCUGGUCCUCUGGGAGGUGGCCAGGCGUAUGGUUAGCAAUGGUAUUGUGGAAGACUACAAGCCACCGUUUUAUGACUUGGUGCCCAACGACCCCAGUUUUGAAGACAUGAGGAAAGUGGUCUGUGUCGAUCAGCAGAGGCCCAACAUUCCCAACAGAUGGUUCUCAGACCCUACACUGACGUCCCUUGCCAAGCUGAUGAAGGAAUGCUGGUACCAGAACCCCUCGGCGCGCCUCACAGCCCUGCGAAUCAAAAAGACUUUGACCAAAAUUGACAAUUCCUUAGAUAAACUGAAGGCUGACUGCUGACCUUCUCCUGGUGGUGCUCUCCCGCUAGGAAGGCAUCUGUCUGGCUCCGAAGCAGCCUGGCUGGACAGUUUCUGUGGUGGUUCCCCACGGGGGCUGCUUGGAGGGGACAGAAGUUCUCACCCAGCCACCACCCGCCCUGGGGGCCAGCAGAACCCAAGGGACCUUGCAGAGUGGCUGCCAGGGGCAUUUCACCAAGGGACAAGCUACAAGGACUCAGCUGGAUGGACUGUUGCAAAGGUAGUGGCCUGAAGGAAGACAGAGAAAUCCUAAAACAAGA